AUGGUCAGGAGCGUGCUACGCGGUGACACUUGCGGGUAUUGCAACGCCUGCGUCCGGGUGCGGCUAUGCGCGGCGCGGGGCCGCAGUCCGGAGCCCCUGGAGUGCGCCUACAAGCACAUUUUGGAGUCCUACGGCGGCGGCGCCCCCUCGGCCAAGGCCCCCGAAUCGGCAGAGUCACCGAAGCCGGUGUGCGCGUCGUGUCGGUGGACCUCCGAUGCCCAGUUCCCCGAAACGCCGCCGUCUUUGAGCGAUCUCAGCACGGAGUGGAGUUCCAGAUCCUCGCAGAGGUCGCGCAUGCGCCGGCGCAAGAGG